GAAAAGCACGGGGUACGACGAGCUCAGAAAACAGUACAAUAGAGGGCUCAGCUGAAGAUGAAGGUCUUGCUAGUCGGUCUCCUGAUUUUGGCCUUUGGCCUAAACUCAGAUGCUGUGAUUGUUCAUGAAGGAGAAUUUUCUUUCUCUCUUGAAUCAGUAAAAAAGCUUUGGGACAUCCUGGCUAAUGGAGAGUCGUCCGAACAGAGCAAUCUCUUACGUGUGUCCAGUGCUGUGACGGUUUGUGAAAACCCACUUCUUCCCAAGGAAUUUCAGACUCUGUGCCAAAGCAAAAAUGCACAAGUUCAUUUCUCCAGCCUUGCACUUCUCUCCAGGAAUAGUGAUGUAUGUGAGAUCUGUGCAUUUGCAGCUUGCACUGGUUGCUGAACAUGACUCAGAAUCAUACUAGUACUACAAGACUCUCUCUUUCUUCUUCUGUCUUUUUAAAUUCUAGUUAUUUUUAUUAGUAAAACAACUUAAUUAUGUAUACCUGUAUAUAAUCUUUCUUUGUACUAUAAUCAAUUGUAUGUCCAAUCACUCUUUAAAAUGAGCUUUGUCUGUAACUCUAUUACAAUUCUGGUGUGAUAGCUUUAGGGUCACUUUUUAUGUAUUAAUUUUUCCCUGUUUUCUGUGUGCAUUAUACUAUCAGCAUUUAUACAAACAAUUGUAAUUCCAUAAUAUACUAUAGCUCCAGCAGACCCCCGUGCCCCUAAUUAGGAAUAAAGCGGGUAAAGACAAUGGAUGGAUGGAUAAUAUACUAUAAUGAUGAAUAAUGAUGACCUAAGAUGAAAUUAAAAAUGAAAGAAAUCUCACUAACCAAUUUUCUAUGUCAAAGCACCCGAAAACAUUGGAAUAUAUAUACAUAUAUAUAUAUAUCAGGCAUAACAUUAUAAGCAGUGACAGGUGAAGUGAAUAACACUGAUUAUCUCCUCAUCAUGGCACCUGUUAGUGGGUGGGAUAUAUUAGGCAGCAAGUCAACAUUUUGUCCUAAAUGUUGAUGUGUUAGAAGCAGGAAAAAUGGACAAGCGUAAGGAUUUGAGCGAGUUUGACAAGGGCCAAAUUGUGUUGGCUAGACGACUGGAUCAGAGCAUCUCCAAAACUGCAGCUCUUUAUGGGGUGUUCCCGUGCUGUAGUGGUCAGUAUUUAUCAAAAAUGGACCAAGGAAGGAACAGUGGUGAACCAACUUAAACUGCCAAAGAAGUUAAUGCUGGUUCUGAUAGAAUAGUGUCAGAAUACACAGUGCAUGAUGGGUCAGGGCUGUUUUGGUAGCAAAAUUGGGACCAACACAAUUUAUUUAUCAAUAAAUAGUUAAAAAAAGGGCCAUAAUACUGUACUGGUAGGGAAGGUUUGCAAAAUCAUUGCAAAAAUGAUUAAAAACAUCUAAUCAAAUGCCAUGCCACUAGUCUAUUCAACUAAAUAUGUGGUUGUUUAUGUUGCAGUAGAAUUAAUAUAGGAUUUUCACAGAAAUAGAGAUGAAUACUUGCAAUGUUGUAUGUCUUGUAUGUUUUCUUUGUAAUUAAUCUGCAGGUAUACUGAUCCCCAAAAAACACAGCCAACAAACAAGUUAGCUGGUCACUGAUUUAAGAGGACACACUGCACUACAUGUAAAA